AUGGAUUUACAACAUGUACUGCAGACUGACAUUUUGUCCAUAAUAAUGGCCAUAGCGGUUAUUAUUUUACUUUGGAAGUACAUGGGGAAACAGAGAAGUUAUGGACAUUUGCCACCGGGUCCUUCACUAAUUCCUCUUCUUGGUAACUUGUUACAAAUGGAUCUGAAACGACCGGACAAGUCCUACAUGGAGCUCAGUAAGAAAUACGGCUCAGUGUUUACUGUGUGGUUGGGCCCCAAACCUGUAGUGGUGGUCUCUGGCUAUCAGGCCAUCAAGGAAGCUCUGGUAGACCAAGGAGAAGAGUUCAAUGGAAGAGCCAACCCUGCCAUUACCCUGAAACUCUUUAACGAGCACGGGGUCGGAUCAAGUAAUGGGCAGAGAUGGAAAACUCUUCGCAACUUCUCCUUGAUGUCCUUGAAAAACCUCGGAAUAGGAUGCAGGAGCCUCGAGGAGAGGGUCCAAGAGGAAGCUAAGAGUCUAGUGAAAGCCUUCAGUGAAUAUGGAGAUUCCACUGUGAACCCCAAAGAGCUCCUGUUCCAUACUAUCAUCAACCUAUUCUGGUCCAUAGUCCUUGGGCGCAGGUUUGAAUACAACGACCCAGAGUUUCAGAUCUUCUACAAGCCUGUCUAUACAUACUUCGACAUGCUAAAAAGCAAAGUGUCAAUGCUGUAUAACAUUUCCCCCAGAAUCGUUGAGUGCUUUCCAGGAAAACACCAAGAGCUGUUUAAGGCCAUAGACAAGGCCAAAGCUUACAUACGACUAGAAGCAGAUCGUCGCCUUAAAAGCCUGGACACCUCUAACCCCCAGGACUACUUUGAUGUAUUCCUGGUUAAAAUGCUGGAGGAGAAAGAUCAGCCAGGGACUGAGUUCAACUAUGACAACUUGUUUCCGUGUGUGUGGGAUCUGUUUGCUGCCAGCACAGAGACCCUGUCCUCCACCCUAUCACACGCCUGUCUGAUGAUGAUCAAGUACCCUGACAUACAAGAGAAAGUUCAGAAGGAGAUAGACGAGGUGAUUGGCUCGAACAGAGUCCCCACGGCUGACGACAGACAUAAGAUGCCCUACACGGACGCUGUCAUCCACGAAAUUCAGAGAAGUAUGUGUCUUGCUCCCACUGCUGUCCCUCACCAAAUGACCCGAGACACAACGUUCCACAACUACCACAUCCCAAAGGGUACCACGGUGUUUCCACUGUUGUCCUCUGUGCUGUUUGACCCCAAACUGUUCAAGAAGCCAGAUGAGUUUGACCCAGAGAACUUCCUGGAUGAAAAUGGACGCUUUAAGGAAAACAAUGGAUUUCUUGCUUUUGGACUGGGUAAGAUCAUGUUACAAGUGGCUAAUAAAAUAAUAUGA